AAAAUACGAACGAAUAGAAUAAAAUAAAAUAAAAUAGUAAAAAGGAACUUGGGUGGUCACGUAUUUGCUGUAUAAAGAGGUGUAAAGUAGCAUCCCUCCUUAAAUUAUAUCCUCAAAACCCAAACUUGCUCACUCCUUCACACACACACACUGCUCCCAAGUCCUCUCACUUCUUCUUCUUCCAUCGGACACCGUUGCUUAACGGUUUUCCAUUUUUUCUUUCUUGUUUCUAUUUUUGUCCCAUCAAGAUGAUCUCAUGGCACGACCUCUAUACGGUCCUCACCGCCGUGAUUCCUCUCUACGUCGCGAUGAUCCUCGCCUACGGCUCUGUCCGGUGGUGGAAGAUCUUCUCACCCGACCAAUGCUCCGGAAUCAACCGCUUCGUCGCCAUCUUCGCCGUCCCUCUCCUUUCUUUUCACUUCAUCUCCACAAACAAUCCUUACGCCAUGAAUCUCCGGUUCAUCGCCGCCGACACUCUCCAAAAAAUCAUCAUGUUGUCCCUUUUAGUCCUCUGGGCUAAUCUCACCCGUUCCGGUAGCCUUGAGUGGAGCAUCACAAUCUUUUCCCUCUCCACACUUCCCAACACUCUUGUUAUGGGGAUUCCUCUCUUGAUCGCCAUGUACGGCGAAUACUCUGGUUCCCUCAUGGUUCAAAUCGUUGUCCUCCAGUGUAUCAUCUGGUAUACGCUUCUCCUUUUUCUCUUCGAGUUUCGAGGCGCCAAGAUGCUUAUCAUGGAGCAGUUCCCUGAAACAGCUGCCUCCAUCGUUUCUUUCAAAGUUGAAUCCGACGUCGUUUCGCUUGACGGCCACGAUUUUCUUGAGACCGAUGCAGAGAUUGGUGACGACGGGAAGCUUCACGUCACCGUGAGAAAGUCCAACGCUUCACGUCGUUCGUUCUGCGGCCCUAACAUGACACCACGACCGUCAAAUCUCACCGGAGCUGAGAUUUAUAGUCUCAGUACCACUCCAAGAGGCUCUAAUUUCAACCACUCUGAUUUUUACUCGAUGAUGGGUUUCCCCGGCGGCCGUCUCUCCAAUUUCGGUCCGGCCGAUAUGUACUCCGUCCAAUCUUCAAGGGGCCCCACUCCUCGACCUUCAAACUUCGAGGAGAAUUGCGCCAUGGCUUCCUCCCCGAGAUUUGGAUAUUACCCUGGAGGAGGAGCCGGGUCUUAUCCGGCUCCCAAUCCAGAGUUCUCCUCAACCACCACAUCCACCGCCAAUAAAGGCGUCAAUAAAAACCUGAAAGACGUCACUACGAAUCAGCAAACGACUCUUCCAACGGGCGGCAAGUCAAACAGCCAUGACGCCAAGGAGCUUCACAUGUUUGUCUGGAGCUCCAACGGGUCACCUGUUUCAGACCGGGCGGGUCUUAACGUUUUCGGCGGAGCACCCGACAACGAACAAGGCGGAAGAUCCGAUCAAGGUGCCAAAGAGAUCCGUAUGUUAGUCCCUGAUCAAUCUCACAACGGCGAGAGCAAAGCUCUAGCUCAUCCAGCGAGUGGAGAUUUUGGAGGUGAACAACAAUUUAGUUUCGCCGGAAAAGAAGAAGAAGGAGAGAGACCAAAAGACGCCGAGAAUGGACUCAACAAACUCGCUCCGAAUUCCACGGCAUUACAAUCAAAGACAGGUCUUGGAGGAGCCGCCGGAGGCGAAGCAAGUCAACGAAAAAAUAUGCCGCCGGCUAGCGUGAUGACAAGGCUGAUACUGAUAAUGGUGUGGAGGAAACUCAUCAGAAACCCAAACACUUACUCUAGUCUCAUUGGACUUAUUUGGGCUCUCGUCGCUUUCCGGUGGCACGUAGCAAUGCCCAAAAUCAUUCAACAAUCUAUCUCCAUUCUAUCUGAUGCUGGUCUUGGAAUGGCAAUGUUUAGUUUGGGGUUGUUCAUGGCGUUGCAACCCAAAUUAAUCGCUUGUGGGAACUCAGUGGCAACGUUUGCGAUGGCGGUUAGGUUCCUUACGGGUCCUGCCGUGAUGGCGGUUGCUGCUAUAGCCAUCGGAUUACGUGGUGAUUUACUGCGUGUCGCUAUAGUUCAGGCUGCAUUACCUCAAGGAAUUGUGCCCUUUGUGUUUGCAAAGGAGUACAAUGUUCAUCCUGCUAUUUUAAGUACAGGGGUAAUAUUCGGAAUGCUUAUAGCGCUUCCGAUCACGCUGGUUUACUACAUUCUACUCGGGUUAUAAGCUUUCGAUUAUGAAAUUUCCGAAAAGGGAUCAAAUGUAGAGGAAGAAGGAAGAAAGAGAGACACAAGAGUGGCUCAUGGAACAAACUAAAAGCUUAGAGUAUAUAAGUAAAACUAGGGAGUAGCAUGAUUUAAGGAAUGAUGAUGCCUACAUUACAAGCCAAGAAACCCUUUCUUCUCCCAUAUAGAAUAUUGGGAGAUAAUUUGAGUGAGACAAUGGGACGCAGAUAAGGAGGAGCAAAACAUGGGGCAACGAGACAAAGAAAAGAUAAAUAAAAGAUUGGAAGAUGAAGACAAUUUAUUAUUUUUGUAACUUUUAUUUUUUACAGAGUCUUUUUUUACUUGUGUUCUUUGAUUAGGUUCAGGUAACUCUUAGUUGAUUACUGUGUAGAUUUUUUCUAGCGAAGAAAAGUGUGGUUUUGAUUUUGAAUCUUCCCUCCUUCCAGUUUCACAUGAGCAAAUAACGCUUUAGAAAUAAACAGUUUCUAUUAUUUUUCUUAA